AUGUGCCGUAAAUAUGACUUAACUGCUUCAGAGAAAUCUGUUAUUACUUCUGAACUUGCAAAAGAUAAAUCAACAUUAGAAAUAUUUAAAAUAAUUGGAAGAUAUCACCAAACUGUGAAAUACAUUAUUACAGCUCCUACGAAGAUACUUAAGAGAGUCGACGAGGGUCAAUCGAGGGCUGUUUCUCAACGUUCUCUAUUACGAUUUAAGCGUGAAGCUGUAAAGAACCCAGGUCUUACAAGUAGAGAACAAUUCAAGCACGUUGGCGUAAAGACUGCGUCCAGAACCACACGAUGUCAUCUUCUGAAAAAUGUCUGUAAACCAGUGACAUCAGUUAAGAGGACUUCUUUAAACAAGUUACAUGUACAAAAUCAUCUGAAAUGGGCAGAAGAUAACAUGAAGGUCGACUUUUCAAAAGUUUUGAUUACGGACGAAACUCGUGCUGCCCUUGAUGGAUCUGAUGGUCGAAUCAAGGGAUGGGUUGUAAAUGGACGAGAUCGCCAUCAACACUUGAGACGCCAACAAAGGGGAGGAGGCAUCAUGAUUUGGGCAGAUAUUAUUGGAGAUAUUUUGGUUGGUCCUUGGAAAGUGCCUGACAGAGUUAAAAUGACUGCGGAUGCUUAUAUAAUCUUUCCGAGAGAGCACAUUGAACCUUGGUUAAAAAAAGCAAAGGAUCACCUUCAAGACAACCAUGAUAUUCAUGCAAGAUAUUGCGCCCUCGCAUUCAGCGAAGAAUUAGGCUUCUGUGGAUCUCGGAAGAUAAACUGGCCCGCCUGUUCCCCCGAUUAA